CUGUCUCGCACUCUCGCCGUCAGCUCGUGCCCACGAACCACUCACUCUCUCGCCGCGCACGGGCUACCUCGACAUGGCCGCCGGGCUGGCUCGCUUCUUCUGCCUCAACGGCGGCGCGGCGUUGUCUCCCACGCGGCCGGCUGACGACGACAUCUCUUCCCGGCGCGCCGAGCUGUACGGCCCGGGCGUCGACUGGUCCGCGCUCCUCGACCCGCUCGACGCCGGCCUCCGCGGCGAGCUGCUCAAGUACGGCGACCUCGCGCAGGCCACCUACGACGGCUUCGACUGGCGCCACUGGUCCCCGCACUGCGGCACCUGCCUGCACGGCCUCCGCCGCCUGCUCCCGGCGCUCGGCCUCGCCGGCCACGGGUACGCCGCCACCGCCUUCGUCUACGCCACCUGCGAGGGCGGCCGGGUCCCGCGCUGGCUCCGGCGCCAGCUCCACGCCGACGCGUGGGAUGGCCACGCCAACUGGAUCGGGUACGUCGCGGCGGCCGGCGCCGCCGAGGCGCGCCGCGCCGGGCACCGGGACAUCGUCGUCGCGUGGCGGGGCACCAUCGCGCCGGCCGAGUGGGCCCUGGACAUGCGGACCCGGAUGGUGCCGUUCGAGCUCGACGCCGGGAAGGACAAGGGCGCCAGGGUGGCCGAGGGGUUCCACACCAUAUACACGUCCAGCAACGCCGGGAGCAAGUACGGCGCGCGCAGCGCGCGGGACCAGGUCGCCGGCGAGCUCGCGCGGCUGGUGGGCCACUUCCGCGGCCGCGGCGAGGAGGUGCGCGUCACCGUCACGGGGCACAGCCUCGGCGGCGCGCUGGCCCUGCUCGCCGCGCGCGACGCCGCCGCGGCGCACCCGGACGUGCCCGUCGCCGCCGUCACCUUCGCCGCGCCGCGCGUCGGCAACCGGGCCUUCUGCGCGGGGCUCGCGUCGCGCGGCGUCCGGGUGCUGCGCGUCGUCGUCCGGCACGACGUCGUGCCCCUGGUCCCGAGCGUGGCCCGGGCGGUGGUCGACGCCCCGGUCUCCAGGGCCCUGGCCAAGCUGUGGGCGCGGACGGGGCGGCCGCCGGCGUGGGCGUACGUGCACGCCGGCGACGAGCUCGAGCUCGACGUGAGGAAGUCGCCGUUCCUCAAGCACGCGAAGUACGACGUGGUGGGGCUCCACAACCUGGAGACGUGCCUGCACCUGGUCGACGGCCGCGAGGGUGCCGCCGGCGCGUUCCGGGCGGGCGCGCGGCGGGACCCGGCGCUGGUGAACAAGACCUCCGGCAUGCUGCGCGACGAGGAGCGCGUGCCGGCGUGGUGGUACCUGCCGGCGAACAAGGGGCUCGUGCGCGACGCGCUCGGGCGGUGGGUGGUGGCGGAGCGGGAGCAAGACGACCUGCCGGUGCCGGACGACCGGCUGCCGCUGUCAGAGCUUGACUGACACGUGGGAUUUUGUAGUGCUCGAGAUUGUUACACACUGGAUUACUGGAACAUGGCACAACUUUGUAGAGUACGACGUGACACCAUACCAUCUUGACUUUGUAAAGCUGAGUGUAACAACCAACAAUGACUGGUAUGGAGUACUGCAAGUAGUGGCGAAGCUAGAGAAAAUUGGAGUGGGGUGCAGUUGUCUUUGUGAGUGCAUACAGUUGAGUUAUGGUGGUGCAAAUAUAGUGAAAAUUUAAACAUAAUCACUAUUUUCCCA